AUGGCUGCUGUUAACUUGCAGACUAUGUCUUCAAGUAUACCUUUCGAUUUUCUACCUAUCAAUCAUCAGCAUUCAAGAUCAAACUCGGUCUCUUCAUCUUCUACUCAUUCACCUAAUUCUCGUCCGCAUUCUUCUCAUGGCAUGUCUCGCAUGUCAUCAGGAUUACCAGCUUCUAUGGAUGAUCACUACAGACUCUCUUAUAUGAGUGCUGAUCAAUCUCGCCACACUUCAUUCUCACUUCCACCUUCCGACAUGUCACAUCCCUCUGGUCAAUCUCCUCCAAACACUAAUAUUACUAAUCCUGCCCUUAAAGGCCAUAUCCGUCAAACUCAUCUCAGGGCUCGUGCCGCUGCUUCUCCGUACCCCCGCGAUACAGAGAGCGUCCACUCUUCAUCAAGUGAAACAGACGAUAUUUCCAUGUUCCUUGGAAAUCCUUCAGAUUACCCUACAAUGUAUGGGCAUCCUCAUUCAAUGCCCUCUAAUCAAGAAACCAUCCACACCGCCGGCGCUUUUGGUAGGAUGUCCCUUGGUCCUGAUCACGCAUUGGAAAAGCUCGCUGCAAACGUUCGAGUCGCUACAACCACUAGUGCAUCAGAUAGAGCUAAGCAGAUAUUCGUACAAGCUUGGUUGACAGCCAAUUAUGCACCUUAUCCAGAUGGGAACGUACCUCGCCAGGGUCUUUACUUUUCCUACCGACGGGUGUGCGAUCAGUACGGAAUUCCUCACAUCAACACUGCUACACUGGGAAAGGCUAUUCGAUUGUGUUUUCCAACUAUCAAAACACGGCGCUUGGGUGUUCGCGGAAAUAGCAAAUAUCAUUAUUGCGGCAUUCGUCCCGCUACCUCGGCUGAAGCCGAGUGGCUUCAGGAUUACAUCCGAAAAUCAAAUAAUAACGCUGGCCAGCAGUCAAUCAACGCUGCCCGUGCAGCCCAAGAAUCUUCCGACAAUCCAAAUAAAGGCGAAGAACGGUCCGAUGAAGACGAUGACGAGGAUUCCGAGGGAUCCAGCGCAUCGAAGAGGAACUCAUUGACUCUUUCGGGAGAUCUCAAGGCCGUCGGUCUCACUUAUGGAGAUAUCAGUGACAAAACACCUACCGCUAAUAGCUUGCUCUCUCAGGCGCAAGCUGUCGCUAGAAGUAACACUUAUCCCAGUCAUGCUUCGAUCCGUCGACACGCCAGCCAGCCAGAUCCAAACCUUGCUGCACAAUCUACUAUGUCGCUUGGACCCAGCACUGGUGGUUCUUUCGUGCCUUCGCAGCAGCAUGUAUCAGUCCGCCAUAUGCCCCACUUUCCAUCCAUCGAAGAGGCAAUAGGAUCCAAUUCUGCAUCUCCGCAAAGCAUCGCUGCUCGUGAGGUCUGGGGAUGGUUCCAAGAUCAUCUCGACGCCGUCCUAGAGAGUGCUCGUGCCUUCAGGUUCGAUCAGUUCGAGAUGCACCUGAGAAGUUUCUGGUCCAGCUUGAGUGGGAAUCAUCGGGAAGUGGUGCAUGCUCCCGCCAUCGCUGGCCUAAUGGCCAAAGCCGACGCAAUUCUAUAUGAUGAAAUCCUGGAGUUUUUAAGGUCCCAGAUGCUCUCCCCGAUCUCCCCUGCUGCUAUGACCAGCCUUAGAUCAUUGGCAAGCAAAAUGGAGAAGAUCCUGCUUCUUGCACUAGACGGAUAUGGCAAUACUUUCGUUGAGCCCAAGGUCGAGCUUGGAGCGCGGUUUGGGCAUCUUGUUUUACGCUUCCUGGACAUAUACCAAGUUACCCAGGCUCUCAAUACCGUAUUGACGAACCAGAAGCAGCUUUCCGAGAUGCGCCGCUCCUGGCAGAAAGUGGACUUUGAAUCUGUCCGCAACCAGUCUGCUCUAGUGUGCAAUUGUCGUCACGAGGAGCUUGUUCAGCUUCUAGAAGUCGAUUUUGUGUCCAUGAUGGACAGCCUGUCAAAGACUGCCGAGCCGGUUAGGGAGGUUAUGGCCUGGGCUGACAAAUGUUGCGAGAGGCUCAUGGGACAGCGGGUAGGAAGUGCUGAAGAUCGAGGCACCUUGAGUUCUCGAAGUGUCUUGAUUCGGUGGGGCUACGUGACCAGUCAGGUCAUGAGAGAUUUGACCAUUCGCAGCGACCCAGCCUUUGGAGCCUUCCAGAUCAUGAAACUAUUCCUGGAUGAUUGGAUCGCAGUCAACGUUCUGCGCAGCGUUGCCCUGUCUACUAACUCCGUGGCCGCAUCUGUCGAACCAGUGAUGCAGCAACAGUUCUUUUCAUUAUCUCCCAUGGCCGGCCAGGAAAGUUUUAACACCAUGGAGUCUCGUUCCGCUCAACACGUGAUGAGCCAUACCCCGACCACUUCAAGCAUGCUCGCAGCUUUGCAGCAGGACCCCUUCCCGACAGGCGCGCUGGACGCAUCAUCUUCUGGAUUUAAUGCAGACGCAUAUGGAGGUUUGAAUUAUAUGGAUACUUCAGUUCAGCCGGAGGAUGGUAUUCCUCCCGUCCAUCAGUCAGGACUAUCGUUCUCUGACUACGCGCCCGGGAAUUCGUUUGACGUUGCGUCAUUUGCGACGCAAGAUUUGGGCAUGAAUACCUCGUCAGGUACUAAUGGCGAGCAAGAUCGCGAGGCUGAGCCCGUCAAGACGGAGGCAGGGCCUUAG